GAGCCGACGCCAAGACCUACUUGUGGGCCAGGUACCAUGAGAUGAAAAAGCUGGUCUACGAUCUCCUUCCACCAGGAGUCUGCAACCUCCUCAACCCAGCCGCGAUCUACGCUAACAACGAGAUCAGCCUGGGAGAUGUUGAGAUCUAUGGCUUUGACUACGAUUACACAUUAGCACAGUAUUCUAAUUUACUACACUCUAUGAUUUUCAACACCGCCAGAGACAUCCUAAUAGAGCAAUUCAAGUAUCCAGAAGGCCUUGGGAAGUAUGACUACAUUCCAGGGUUUGCCAUACGCGGACUUCACUAUGAUGUGCAAAAGAGUCUUCUGAUGAAGAUCGAUGCUUUCCAUUAUGUCCAGCUGGGGACGGCAUAUAGAGGGCUCAAACCAGUGCCUGACGAUGAGGUAAUCGAACUCUACGGUGGGACGCAGCACAUCCCCCUGUACCAGAUGAGUGACUUCUAUGGCAAGGGUCCAUCACUUAAGCAGUUUAUGGACAUUUUUUCUCUUCCUGAAAUGACGCUGCUCUCUUCAGUCAUUGAUUACUUCAUAACUCAUGGCAUUGAGUUUGACCAGGUGCAUCUUUACAAGGAUAUAUCUGAUGCUAUUAGAGACGUACAUGUGAAAGGAGUGAUGUACAAAUGGAUUGAAAAAGACCUGGAACAGUAUAUUCUGCAUGGGGAUGAAAUCUAUGCUGUGCUAAACCGACUGGUGAACCACAAGAAGAAGCUCUUCCUCAUUACAAACAGUCCCUUUAGCUUUGUGUGA